CGGCAGCGGAGGAGGAGGAGUCCCGGCCGCCGCCGCCGCUGACAGCGGCCUGAGUAAACAAGCCGCGCCGCCGCGGCCGGGCCGCUGUCCCCGUCCGCGCCGCAGCCGAGGCCGAGUCCUGCCCUGGUCGCCUGCCCGGUCGAGGCCACGCCGCCGCGCCUCCCCGCCUCCGCGCCUGACGCUGCCGCCGAGCGCGGGGACCGCGCCGAGCACAAGGCCCCCGCAGCCCGGCUUGCCGCUCGGCCGAGGGGCUCCUGAGCCGCCGCGGCGCUCGCCUGGAAAAGUUUCCCCCGCCCGGGCUCCUCAGGGUAAGCAGAGAGGGCUCGGGGCACGGAAGAGGCAGCGCGCCGGGGAGCCGGGCCCGAGGGGAGCCGGCCAGGCCGCUCUGCAGGAGGUGAGGGUUUCCCGUGGCCAUAGGCGCUCCGGCGAGGCAGGAUCCGGGGCGCAGGCACCGGGGCAGCCCUGACCCAGGUUCCCGAGGCCCGGGUUGCCUGACCGGCCUCUCAGAACCAGCUCCGGAGCCAGCCCCAGUGAUGGGUCUGCGGGAGCAGGAAGGACGCCCCCAGCCCACCUGAGCGCGCCGGCCUGGCCCGGCUCGGCCCGGGCCCCGGCCCUUGCUCCUGUGGGUACUUUUCCGCUUGGGGUGGGGGCGAGCCCUCUGACCUCAGGAAGCGCCGGCGGGGCCCGGACUGGGAGAGAAUUCCGGAGGCGCUUGGGUGCUCCCGCCUCCCUGCCAUCCUCCCUGGGCCGCCGCCGGCUCCCUAGCUCCGCGGCUGCCGGGGAAGGCCUGCGCUCUCGCCGGGGGAAUGGAGGAGCUGCGAGAGAGAGGGGAGGGGAUUAUUCACGUCCCCAGCUGCGAGGGGAGAGGACUCAGGUGCCGGAUCUGCCAACUGCGGAGGCCUGGCCGAGGCUCCUGCUGCCCCCAUGGGGCGGCUGCACCGAGGGGCGGCCUGCUUGGCAGACAGGUCUGAAGGCAGUCACUUGUCUGGUCGGUGCCGGGUUUCCCAUUAGUCCCCGGGCCCUUGUGCCUGAGGGUGCAGACCCUCAUCCACCAGAGUACUGUAAUUCUUUUUCAGACUCUCAACUCGGGAAGUGAGAGGGGAACCCAGGUGAUGUGGCCUAGUGAUGGCUGGGCAGCUGCUAGCCAGGUGUAGACACAGCAUAGGAAGGUGGCCAGGGAAUGUGUGUGUCUGCUUGGCCCCAUCUCAACCAGAGCAGCUCGUUUUACUAUUUUUAUAUUGAGCUUCCACUUAAGAUCUGAGGGUUUUGUGGCUUAAGAAAAAGUUUGAAAACCACUGGUUUAGCAGUUUUUACCACCAAGGAAACUGAGGCCCAGCAGAGAGAGGAAGUGACUUGCCUUAGAUCACCCAGCAAUUCAGUGGUUGAGUAGGCAAUGGAAGUCAGAAUUUUGGGGAGCCUCUCAGUGUUUCUAACAGGACCUGGGUUGGUGUCUCGGCUGGAAAGAGCCCAAUUAGGUUUCCCCAGCAGCUCUCAAGUGGCCUGCUCUGAGGCAGCAUCCGUGCUGGACCCUCAGUGUCUGGGAACCAGCAACCAGACCGCUGGGGGCAGAGGUAAUUUGGGAGCCAGCCUUGCCCCAGAGUGGCUCUCUGUUUCAGGAUGUUGGUGAGGCUGGAGAAAAGGACUUUGCCUGAGAACACAGCCAGGAAGGGCACACACAGCUCCCUACAGCCACAGCCUGAACUGAGUUGUGUCCCGAAUCCCAUAUGUGAGAGGGGAUCACGGGAGGCUGGAAAUACACGCUGGCCGCCCUUGUCCUUCCCCACCAGCCCUCCCCGUCUUGGCCCCAUGCCCCCGCCAGUCAGCCCCGGGCCACAGGGAGUGAGCAGGCAGCUGGGAACAGAGGCCCUGUGACCAGGCCAAGGAGACGGGGGUUCCAGGGUUCCGGCCACCUGCCCCCCCCAUGGAGCGGAGGCCCUGGUUGCUAUGGGUGGUAGUAGCAGCGGGAGCCUUGGUCCUGCUGACGGCCAACGCCCGUGGCCAGAAGGUCUUCACCAACACGUGGGCCGUGCAGAUCGCUGGAGGCCCGGCCGCCGCUGACAGCGUGGCACGCAAGCAUGGCUUCUUCAACCUGGGCCAGAUCUUCGGCGACUAUUACCACUUCUGGCAUCGAGCAGUGACAAAGCGGUCCCUGUCACCUCACCGCCCGCGGCACAGCCGGCUGCAGAGAGAGCCUCAAGUACAGUGGCUGGAACAGCAGGUGGCAAAGCGACGGACCAAACGGGAUGUGUACCAGGAGCCCACAGACCCCAAGUUUCCCCAGCAGUGGUACCUGUCUGAUGUCACUCGGCGGGACCUGAACGUGAAGGAGGCCUGGGCCCAGGGCUACACGGGGCAUGGCAUCGUGGUGUCCAUUCUGGACGACGGCAUAGAGAAGAACCACCCAGAUUUGGCAGGCAAUUAUGAUCCCGGGGCCAGCUUCGAUGUCAAUGACCAGGACCCUGAUCCCCAGCCUCGGUACACACAGAUGAACGACAACAGGCACGGCACACGGUGUGCUGGCGAGGUGGCCGCGGUGGCCAACAACGGCGUCUGUGGUGUGGGUGUGGCCUACAACGCCCGCAUUGGAGGGGUACGCAUGCUGGAUGGCGAGGUGACAGACGCAGUGGAGGCCCGCUCGCUGGGCCUGAACCCCAACCACAUCCACAUCUACAGCGCCAGCUGGGGCCCCGAGGACGACGGCAAGACGGUGGACGGGCCCGCCCGCCUCGCUGAGGAGGCCUUUUACCGGGGUGUUAGCCAGGGCCGUGAGGGGCUGGGCUCCAUCUUUGUCUGGGCAUCAGGGAACGGGGGCCGGGAGCAUGACAGCUGCAACUGUGAUGGCUACACCAACAGCAUCUACACGCUGUCCAUCAGCAGCGCCACACAGCUCGGCAACGUGCCCUGGUACAGCGAGGCCUGCUCGUCCACGCUGGCCACGACCUACAGCAGCGGCAACCAGAAUGAGAAGCAGAUCGUGACCACUGACUUACGGCAGAAGUGCACGGAGUCACACACAGGCACCUCGGCCUCUGCCCCCUUGGCAGCCGGCAUCAUCGCUCUCACCCUGGAGGCAAACUUCUCGUCCCCCCUCUUUUGCAGUAAGAACCUCACCUGGCGGGACAUGCAGCACCUGGUGGUACAGACCUCGAAGCCAGCCCACCUCAACGCUAAUGAUUGGACCACCAACGGUGUGGGCCGGAAAGUGAGCCACUCGUAUGGCUACGGGCUGUUGGAUGCAGGUGCCAUGGUGGCCCUGGCCCAGAACUGGACCGGGGUGGCUCCCCAGCGGAAGUGCAUCAUCGACAUCCUCACCGAGCCCAAGGACAUCGGGAAGCGGCUGGAGGUGCGCAAGACUGUGACCGCAUGCCUGGGGGAGCCCAGCCACAUCACUCGGCUGGAGCACGCUCAGGCGCGGCUCACCCUGUCCUACAACCGCCGAGGUGACCUGGCCAUCCACCUGGUCAGCCCCAUGGGCACCCGCUCCACCCUGCUGGCCGCCAGGCCCCAUGACUACUCCGCAGAUGGGUUUAACGAUUGGGCCUUCAUGACAACCCAUUCCUGGGAUGAGGACCCCUCUGGCGAGUGGGUCCUGGAGAUUGAAAACACCAGUGAAGCCAACAACUAUGGGACGCUGACUAAGUUCACCCUCGUGCUCUACGGCACGGCCCCUGAGGGGUUGCCCCUGCCUCCCGAGAGCAGCGGCUGCAAGACUCUCACGUCCAGCCAGGCCUGUGUGGUGUGUGAGGAAGGCUUCUCCCUGCACCAUAAGAGCUGCGUCCAGCACUGCCCGCCGGGCUUUGCACCCCAAAUCCUCAAUACACACUAUAGCACAGAGAAUGACGUGGAGACCAUCCGGGCCAGCGUCUGCGCCCCCUGCCACGCCUCGUGCGCCACAUGCCGGGGGCCGGCCCCCACGGACUGCCUCAGCUGCCCCAGCCACGCCUCCCUGGACCCUGUGGAGCAGACCUGCUCCCGCCAAAGCCAGAGCAGCCGCGAAUCCCGGCCACAGCCCCAGCCCCAGCCCCAGCCGCCGCAGGAGGUGGACACAGAGCCACAGCUGCGGACAGGGCUGCUGCCUUCGCACCUGCCGGAGGUGGUGGCCGGCCUCAGCUGCGCCUUCAUCGUGCUGGUCUUCAUCACUGUCUUCCUGGUCCUGCAGCUGCGCUCAGGCUUCAGCUUCCGGGGGGUGAAGGUGUACCGCAUGGACCGUGGCCUCAUCUCCUACAAGGGGCUGCCCCCCGAGGCCUGGCAGGAGGAGGGCCUCUCCGACUCGGAGGAGGACGUGGGCCGGGGCGAGAGGACCGCCUUUAUCAGAGACCAGAGCACCCUCUGACGAGCGCCCACUGCCUGCCCCCUCUAGCCCAUCCCCUCCUCGGGCACUUUUUAAUUCACCAAAGUAUUUUUUUAAUCUUGCGACUGGGCUUGGAUCCCAGCUGGGAGGCAAGAGGGGCAGAGACUGCUUCCUGCCUUCCCUUUGGCCCCACCUGGCUGCCUGAGGUGGGGCCUGUUCCAGCUGCGGGGGGGGGGGCAGGGGAGGGCACCCCCCACCCCCAGCACUGCCGCCGCCACGUGGAGAAAGGAGUGAAACCUUUAGGGCAGCUUUCCGAGGUCCGGGCCCCAGCCGGAGUUCCCUGUGGAGUGAAGAGGGGCAGCCCUUCCUUUUUGGGAUUCCUGACCCAGGCUGCAGCUCCUCCCCUUUUCUCGUCCCUCUAAAGCAAUAAUGGUCCCCAUCCGGGCAGUAGGGAGCAGGGAGGCUGGCCCAGGGGGGCAUCUGAAGGAGGAGGCCACCUCUCCAAGGGCUUUACAUUCCCAACUCUGUGUCCCACCCCCCUCCCCUGCAAGCCUCGGGCCAAAGCGGUGAUCAUAGGAAGGGACCAAGGCAAAGCAGGUGUCCCCAGGAUGGGUGGGUGUGCCCCUCUGCCUGCCCCUGCACCUCAUGCGUGUCUCCACCCCGGCUGGCUGCCAGGCUCAGCCAGGCUGGCAUGGCUGAGGCUGAAGGUCUGGCUGAGUCCCUGUUAGAGCCCUGACCCCCGCCCCCCCUGCCAGGGCCCAUGUCCCUGUGUUCUGAGCCCGGGGCUGCCUGGGCUGUUGGCACACACAGUCCCGGAGCCCCUGGGUGGGUGGUGGGGAGGGACGGAGGCCCAGAUGGCCCCUCCUGCCUCCUACCCGAUGCUGCUUUCCCCUGUGGGGAUCUCAGGGGCUGUUUGAGGAUAUAUUUUCACUCUGUGAUCAUUUCUCUUUAGAAGCUGAUUUUUUGUUGUUCUGUUUUUUAGUGGGGGUAGCAGCUAGAGCACCCACUGUCCACCCUGCUGUUCCCUUGGCUGCCCAGGCCCUGAGGUGUAGGGAGGCUGCAGCGUGUUGCUAAGUAGCUGGGUCCCAAGGCCCCAAGAGGCUGGUCGGGUGGGCCCUAGGAAAGGAGGGUCAUGGUGGGAGGGGCAGGCUGACAUCUGUGUUUGAAAUGGGGCUGACUAUGCCAAGGGCUCAUGGGUCACUGGUUCUCUGGGUGCCAGGGGUGGGUGGGCAGUGGCACCGAGCCCCCUCCAACACUGUGCCCUAGUGGAGAAAGCACUGACCUAUAAUGGCCCCCCAAGUUCCCCUCUUCUGACGUGCCUUCUGCACCCCUCCAUUAGGACAAUCAGUCCCCUCCCAUCUGGGAGUUCCUUUUUCUUUCUCUCUCCUAGCCCCUCCUGGCACCCAGCCACCUGCCCAGGGGUGCCCCUCUCUCCUAUCCACCCCCACCCCUCGUGGCCAGCCCGGCUGGUUUUGUAAGAUACUGGGUUGGUGCACCGUGGGGUUUUCUUUUUGUUUUUUUCAUGUAAUUUAAACAGGACAAGCAUUGUUGGUUCUAUUUAAUGGACACAAGAUAAUGUUAGAGGUUUUAAAGUGAUUAAAUGUGCAGACUAUGCAAACCAG